CAGAGGUGCACAUCCAUCUGUGCUACUGAUCUACCGGUUGAGGAUUCUCCUGGACAAGUGGCUUUUAGUGAACAUGAGCAUCCUGCAAGUCCUGGGCAUCCUACACCUGCUGGCUGUUCCUGCUUUUACGCUAACACAGCCAGUCAAUGACUACUGGGGAGAGUUUGGGGCCUAUGGGCCCUGCAGCCGUUCUUGUGGCACAGGAGUGGCAAUGAGAACCAGAACAUGUAUUACUUCAAGGACAGAUGGAGGAAACAACUGUAUAGGAUCCUCCAAAUCCUUCCGCACCUGUAAUACACAUGCAUGCCCAGUUGGAUCGAAAGAUUUUAGGGAGGAGCAGUGCUCUGAAUUUGACAGAAUGGACUUUCAACGAAAACGCCACACAUGGGUGCCUUACUAUGGAGCAUCCAACCCAUGUGAGCUGAACUGUGUCCCAAGAGGACAAAAUUUUUUCUACCGACACAGACCAGCAGUGGUGGAUGGGACUCCAUGCUACGUAGGACGCACUGAUAUCUGUGUGGACGGUGUCUGCAGGCUUUUGACCCAUGCAGAGUUUAUGGGCCUAGAUAACGACACAAUCUCUGCUCACUCUGCUGCUCCUGUUGCUGUUGCCCCUCAUCCAAGAGAGACAUUCACAUACAUCUACAGGACUGGUGUCUUUAGCGAGUGCUCUGCCACCUGCAGUGGAGGCAUGCAGUUUCGUACUGUGGAGUGUUUGGUUCAGGAUCCAACAAACCCUCAUGUGGUGGACGAGUCUCACUGCAUCAUCCAGCGACUACAGAGGCCACGAAGUCAGCAAGCCUGCAACAUGCAUCCAUGCACUCCAGAGUACAGUGUCUCCAGCUUCAGUGUGUGUUCAGUGACGUGUGGGGAAGGACAGCAGACGAGGGAGGUGUUUUGUAUUGGACCAUCUGGGGAACAUCUUCCCGACCAGGCCUGUCGAGGACUGGCACGGCCUCCAUCUGUCCAGGCCUGCCGCAGACCUGCCUGUCACACUCAAAUUUCCUGGCAUGUGACUGAGUAUGGAUUGUGCUCUAGAAGCUGUGGUGGUGGUGUGAGAGAGAGGAAGGUCGAAUGUUUUGAUACAGAUCUGAACCCUUAUCCUGAGGAUCGAUGUGGAUUAGCUAUCAAACCCACUUCAGUGGAGACAUGCAACAUACAGCCCUGCCAUAGAGCACAAAUGGUUCCAAGUAUUCAAGACCCAGAGGCAGGUGGAAGCCCCAUAAGAGGAUUUGUCCCUCAUGUUCCAGGAGAAAUCCCAGCUUCAAGGUCAGACCCAAACAGUGUGCAUAGCCUCUACCCUCCAGCGAUGAGUCCACGCUGUGAACAGUCAGCACAUGGCUGCUGUCCUGAUGGCCAAACCCGUGCAACUGGACCUGGAAACCGGGGCUGCUUAUCACAUGAUUGUGUUCGCAGCAGGUAUGGCUGUUGUUUGGAUGGAGUUACACAUGCUCAAGGAUUCGGAAGAGCUGGAUGUCCGGAGUACCAAACGACUGGGGUAACGGCCCACAGAGGGUUUAUUGGUGUGGAUAAUGACAGCAACUCUGUUCACUCUGUUGCACCCAUCGCAUCUCCUCCAAGAGAGACAGUCACAUACAUCUACAGGACUGGUGUCUUUAGCGAGUGCUCUGCCACCUGUAAUGGAGGCAUGCAGUUUCGCACUGUGGAGUGUUUUGCCCAGGAUCCAACAAACCCUCAUGUGGUGGACGAGUCUUACUGCAUUGCUCAGCGCCUACAGAGGCCAUUAAGUCAGCAGGCCUGCAACACACAUCCAUGUACUCCAGAGUACAGUGUCUCCAGCUUCAGUGUGUGUUCAGUGACCUGUGGGGAAGGACAGCAGACGAGGGAGGUGUUUUGUAUUGGACCAUCUGGGGAAUAUCUUCCCGACCAGGCCUGUAGAGGACUGGCACGGCCUCCAUCUGUCCAGGCCUGCCGCAGACCUGCCUGUCACACUCAAAUUUCCUGGCAUGUGACUGAGUAUGGAUUGUGCUCUAGAAGCUGUGGUGGUGGUGUGAGAGAGAGGAAGGUUGAAUGUUUUGAUAUAGAUCUGAACCCUUAUCCUGAGGAUCGAUGUGGAUUAGCUAUCAAACCCACUUCAGUGGAGACAUGCAACAUACAGCCCUGCCAUAGAGCACAAAUGGUUCCAAGUAUUCAAGCCCCAGAGGCAGGUGGAAGCCCCAUAAGAGGAUUUGUCCCUCAUGUUCCAGGAGGACCCCCAGCUUCGAGGCUGGACACACAGAGUGGCCGUGAUCUCUACCCUCCUGUAGUGGGUCCUCGCUGUGCACAGUCACUAUUUGGGUGUUGUCCUGAUGGCAAUACCCCUGCAACUGGACCCAGGAACCGUGGCUGCUCACAAGAUGACUGUGUUCGCAGCAGGUUUGGCUGUUGUUUGGAUGGUGUGACAACAGCUCAAGGAUCUGGAAGGGCUGGAUGUCCUGAGUAUCAGACAACAGAGCAACACCCAUUGCUCCCUGCAGAUCCAUCCUCUGGCAAUGUAUGCUCCCUGCCUCGCGAUGAUGGUCCUUGUGAUACUUGGACUGUGCGGUUCACCUAUGACUCCCGCAAUGGCAAAUGUACAGAGUUCUGGUAUGGAGGCUGCCAUGGCAAUGCCAAUAACUUUAUGUCAAUGGAUGCCUGCCAGAGAGAGUGUGGGGAUGUGAGAAGGGGGCUUCCAUCCACAUCUCGUAGGGUGAACCAAACGAGAGGCUCACUUGGUGGCAUUGCGAGAGCAAGGGCUCAACGCUCACGUCUCCAGCGAGCAAGAUAGCUGACAAACCUCCUUGAUGAAGCAAAUCACAUGAUACUUGGACACAUAUGCAUAGAUAGAUGACAAAUUAAAGGGAAAAAAAAGAUUAACUAUUGGCUCUACAGAGAGGGAAAUUAAAUUUUACAAUUUAGAUAGGCAAUUCUGUGUAUCUGAAAACAUCAAACAGGAUAAUGUAUUUUAGAAAAACUGAUCCUUACACUAGAGUUAAAUCAACUUUUCCAGUCAUGCCAAGGCACUCUGAAGCUGUUCAGGUAGCCCAACAUCUUAAUAAGUUAUUAAUAAGUAAUACUGUUUUUAUUCCCUGUAAUUUUUCAUCUGUCUGAAAAUUGUGUUGACAUAUAAGAUGCACACAAAUAUGUUUUGUAAAAGCAGACACAAUCUGUAUUUACAAAUAAACACCCAACUUCAGCAUAGAGUUUUCUUGAAAAUGUUUAGGAAUAAUAUACAGUAUAGUAAUAUAAUCUUUUGGUUCUGAUUUCCUAAUUUCCCUCUCUCUCUCUCUCUCUCUCUUUUUUUUAUUAAUCUUUGUACAUCUUUGUGGUGCUCAUUAUAUUAAAAUGUGAAUUUUGCUUCAC